CAUUUAAUUUAGCUCCUCUGCUAAGUAAACAGGUGAACACUUCUCUCCAGCGUGGCUUCUAGCAGCUAUCCUUAUUUAUUCCCUUAUUUUCUUUGGUAAGUAACUUUGUGUACCUACAGCAGCCUCUAUCCUCCACCAACAUGGACGAGAGCACUUUAAAACAGCUCGUGAAGCUCACUCAGGAGGGACACUUAAGCCUCCUGCAGAAACAGAUCCCAUUAGACUCCACGGAGGCUCAGACCGUCUGCAGCACACACUUCGGCCGGUCUGGAGACACCUUGCUGCACUACGCUGCCAGACUGGGACACCUGGAUGUUGUGGAGUUCCUCAUAGAGAGGGUGGGCAUGGAUGUGGAGGUGUACAACAACGACUACAAGAGGCCGCUGCAUGAAGCUGCGUCCAUGAGCCACCGUGAGUGUGUGUGCUACCUGCUGCGACAAGGAGCCCAGGUGGACUGUCUGAAGAAGGCUGACUGGACUCCCCUGAUGAUGGCAUGCACUCGAAGGAACCUGGACGUGAUCCAGGAGCUGUUGCAUCACGGCGCCGACCCGUUACUGAGGAACAAAGAUGGCUGGAACUCCUUUCACAUCGCCUGCAGGGAGGGGGAUCCUUCAGUCAUACAGCACCUGCUGCUGAUCGCAUCUGACGUAUGGAGGACGGAGAGCAAGACGCGGCGGACGCCUCUGCACACUGCAGCGAUGCACGGCUGCGAGGAGGUCGUUCAGAUCUUACUUGAGAGAUGUAGCUUCUCCCCAGACAGUCGUGACAGCUGUGGCGUCACUCCUUUUAUGGAUGCCGUCAGGAGUGGACACAUUUCUGUGGCCAGGCUGCUCAUAGAGAAGCACCAGGCGUCUCCAACAGCAGCUGACACACUCGGGGCUCAGCCUCUGCAUCAGGCUGCUGUUACGGGCCAGGAGGAGGCGCUGCGGUUCCUGGUGCGGGACCUUAAUGUAGAUGUGAAUCAGAGGGCGACUAACAUCCAGCUCACAGCUCUGCAUUACACUGCGAAGGAGGGUCAAACGUCUACGAUAAACACGCUGCUGGAUUUGGGGGCAGAUCUUCACAUUCGAGACAGCAAGGGACGAACAGCUCUUCAUAUGGCCUCCAUCGGGCAGCACGCAGACACAGCCAGGACGCUCCUGCAGCUCGGACUCAGAGACUCCGAGGACUCGUCUGGCACCAGAGCACGACAGUUUGCCCGGAAACCAGAUGUAGUGCGUGUGUUUGAGUGUGGCCUAGCAGACACAUCGUAAAUUUGAUCACAGUGAAACAGAGCGCCGGUGAUCGAUUAAUCCUGUGAAAGAGAGAAAGUAUGUUGUUGUGCAGUGUUUUUAUCAGUGACAAAAUGUAGAUGCUCUAAACUUAAAUAAAAGUGAGCCUCCAAAACUUUU